GGUUUGGUUGAUUUCUAGCUCGCGCACUCGUUCUGUAACAGAAGCCCCCCCCUCCAACACACACACACACUCACUUGUGUCGGCGAAAUUCAUUUCCCUGGCUCUGUAUUUAUAUAUUUUUUCUUUCACGAAACUUUCCCCUCUCUGUUUUGAGUUUAAACGGAGUCGCGGUGGAUUACCGGAUACCGGUCCGGGCGGAGGGCAAAGGGGGGAAUGAACCGGGACAGCGGGUACGUUGUUAUAAGUAUAAUUGUAUUUAUAUUCAAUGGUUAUUCGGAGUUUGCUUGUGAGUGAGUCGCCGUGCUGAGAGCGAGGUAGCGAACGAGUGGGGGGAGAGACAGAGAGCGAUAUCAUGGCCGCUCAGGUCGCUAGCGUCGCCACUCGCAACACUAGCCCGCCAUCCGAACUCAAAAAGCCGGAUCGGGACCCACAGGAGGAGUCGGUACCGGGAGAGAAACAGCAUGAAAAUAAGGAACCGGGACCUGACGGCGGAUCUCCCGGCCAGAAGGAGCUGCAGGACGGGACCGAUGCUGGAAACGCUGGGGGAGGAGGGGAUCCUGACAUGAAGAACGGCAACGGGAAUUCGCCGAGGGUAAAUAAUAAUAGCAGUAAUCAGAAUGAUUCAGGCGGGCCCGAGGGGAAUAACCAUCCCGGAAUGGGACACCACCACCCGGGCCCCUUUCCUCCACCUCCUUACGGUUACAACCAGCACUACAGCCGGGCCCCUUUUCAUCAACAUGGCGGACAACAAAGCCCUGGCAUGGCAGCUGCAUCGGGGCCGGGCAUGAUGGACCCGUACCCCCCUAAUUCACACGAACACGGCUACCCCAACCAUUAUAACAACUACAGCCCUUUCCAGAACAGGACUUCUUAUCAGGGCCAAGGAUACGGGGCCAUGAAUUCCCCGCGUAACAACCAGCCUCCGGCAGCUGGGGGGCAGCCAGGCAAGCAGCAGCCAGCAGGAGGAACCACCGCUAUGGCUGCCUCCUACAAUAAUCAGAGGUAUAACGUGGGAAACCAACAACCUACGUCGUCCACGCCAACUUUAAAUCAGCUUUUGACAUCCCCCAGCUCCGCCAGGAGCUACCCGAAUUACCCCCAAGGAGACUAUAACAAUCAGGAAGGGGCCAGCAAGGGGCCAGGAGACAUGGGCAGCAGUCAGUAUGGUGGGGUCCAUCCGGGUUGGCAACAAAGGGCCCAACAUCAGCCUCCCAUGAGCCCGGGAAGCACUGGACAACCUCCCAACAGAAACCAGCCUCCAAGCCCAAUGGACCAGGUCGGAAAGAUGCGCGGGCAGUCAUAUGGAGGAGGACCCAACCCCUACUCGCAGCAGCAGCAAGGGGCUCCUACAGGGCCCGGACCCCAGCAGGGAGGCUCUUACCCCGGGCAGGGCUACGGACCCCCGGGCCCUCAGAGGUAUCCUAUGGCGAUGCAGAACCGAACACCCGGCGCUAUGGGCGGCAUGCAGUACGGACAGCAGAUGUCAGCUUAUGGACAACAGGGGCCUGGUGGCUACAGCCAGCAGAGCCCGGGCUACUAUGGUCAGCAUGGCGCUCCCCCUCACCCUGGCCAGCAGCAACAGCAGCCUCCGUACUCUGGUCAACCCCAGGGCAGCUCCGGAGCGCCCUACCCCCAGCAAGGCCACCCUGUGCAGUCUUCUGGCCAACAUGGGCAGCCUGGACCCCCCUACCAACAAUCCCCAGGUCCACACGGUCCUCCUCCAGGUCAGCCUCCCUAUAGCCAGCCCCCACAGUCUCAGCCAGGACAGCCUCCCUACGUCUCCCCUCAGCAGCAGCAGCCUCAACAGCAGCAGGGACCGGGUCCCCAAAGUCAGCAGGGCCCCCAGGGCCAGCCUGGCUAUCAACAAUCCUCUGGACCGGGGCAGCAACCACAGCAGCAAACCCCGCAGCCGCAGCCACAACCGCAGCCGCAGCAAGGACCUCCACAGCAGCAACAACAACAGCAACAGCAGCAACAACAGCAACAACCAGGGGGCCCAUCUCCUCAAGCCCAGCCACCUCCAGGGCACGGACAGCAGGGUCAACCGUCACCGUACUCCCAGACGCCGCCGCUGCAGCAACCGCCACAGCAGCAGCAGCAGUCUCCAUAUCAGAGGUUCCCGCCUCCUCCACAGGAACUCUCCCAGGAUUCCUUUAGCUCCCAGUCCAGCGCUCCUCCCUCCAACCAGCCCAUGGCUUCCAACAAGAGCAGUCAAGAAGACAGCAUGCAGGGCCGGCCAUCCAGUCUGCCGCUAUCGCCUCGCCACAGAGGACAUGUGAGCGUGAGUGCAAGCCAGUCGGGAGAGAGCAAGGAUCUGUCGGGCUCCAUCGACGACCUGCCCACCGGUGCCGAGGGGGCCCUGAGCCCCGGCGUCAGCACCUCGGGGGUCUCCAGCAGUCAGGGCGAGCAGAGCAAUCCCGCCCAGUCGCCCUUCUCGCCGCACACGUCGCCCCACUUGCCGGGCAUACGCGGGCCCUCGCCAUCGCCCGUGGGUUCCCCCGCCAGCGUCACCACCUCCCGCACCGGCCCCCUGUCCCCUGCUGCUGUGCCAGGUAAUCAGAUGCCUCCGCGGCCGCCCAGCGUCCAGUCAGACACCAUCAUGCACUCUUCCAUGAACCAGUCCGCCAUGGGCCAGGAACGGGUGUACAUGCGAAACCCUCAGAUGCCUCCCUACGGGUCCCCUGGUCAACCUGGCUCCGCCUUAUCUCCACGCCAGUCCUCGGGAGGCCAGAUGCAUGCUGGGAUGGGACCAUAUCCUCAGAACAACUCGAUGGGCAACUAUGGGCCUCAGGGGGGGCAGUAUGGUCCACAAGGUUACCCCAGGCAGCCCGGCUACACAGGGAUGCCCAACGCCAACUACCCCACCGGCCCCGGCAUGAGCGGCUCCAUGAACCCCAUGCCUGGUCAGGGCAGCGGCGCUCCGUAUGGCAACGUCCCGCCUGGCAACAUCCCGCCUGGCAACGUCCCGCCUGGCAACGUCCCGCCUGGCAACGUCCCGCCUGGCAACGUCCCGCCUGGCAACGUCCCGCCUGGCAACGUCCCGCCUGGCAACGUCCCGCCUGGCAACGUCCCGCCUGGCAACAUCCCGCCUGGCAACGUCCCGCCUGGCAACGUCCCGCCUGGCAGAAUAGGGCCGGGGCAGAUGGGCGCUCGGCCCUUGGGUCCCGCAAUGGCGUCAAACAUGGCCGGCAUGCCUCCUCAGGUGGCGUCCGGGAUGUGUCCCCCUCCGGCCAUGAACAGGAAGGACGGCGGCCCCUCCAUGCACCACGGGCCCACAAACUCCGUACACAACAGGCCUCCUGGCUACCCUAACAUGGCCCAGGGCAUGAUGGGAACAGGCUCUCCGUACGGCCCUGGAAUGAACAGCAUGCAGGGUAUGAUGAACCAGGCAGGGCCUGGGCCGUACCCGACGGGGGCAAACACGGCCAACAACACUCCUGGAAUGGCUCCCAGUGCGGAGUUUGGCGUGGAGAAAAUGAACCCUACCCAGAAGAUAAACAACAAAGUGGAGGGGACUCCCAAGCCUGAAACCAAAAAGAAGUCGAGCUCUUCCACCAUCACGAACGAAAAGAUCACUCGUCUGUACGAGCUCGGUGCAGAGCCGGAGAGGAAGAUGUGGGUGGAUCGAUUUCUGGCCUUCGCCGAUGAGAAGGCCAUGGGCAUGAGCAACCUGCCCGCCGUCGGACGCAAGCCCCUCGAUCUCUACCGGCUCUACGUGUGCGUCAAAGAGAUCGGCGGCCUGACCCAGGUGAACAAGAACAAGAAGUGGAGGGAGCUGGCCACCAACCUGAACGUGGGCACGUCGAGCAGCGCGGCCAGUUCACUCAAGAAACAGUACAUCCAGUGUUUGUUCGCCUUCGAGUGCAAGAUCGAGCGCGGCGAGGACCCGCCCGCAGAAUUCUUCAACACGGACACCAAAAAGAGCCAGCCGAAGGUCCAGCCUCCCAGCCCAGCUGGCUCCGGAUCCCUGCAAGGACCCCAGACUCCUCAGUCCACCAGUAGUUCGAUGGCAGAAGGUGGAGACCUGAAGCCCCCAACCCCCGCCUCCACCCCGCAGACACAAAUUCCUCCAAUACCUGGCGUCAGGAGUAGCGUGAAUCUGCAGGACCCCUUUGCGGAUGGCGGAGACCCAGCGUUCUCCAGAAGGAACGCAUUGACUCCUAAUUCACAGGGGUACCAGCCUGGGAUGGGGGGCCCGGAGAUAACAGCUCGAAUGGGGCCCUACGAGUCCAACAAGGACCCCUUCGGUGGCAUGAGGAAAGCUGGAGAGCAGUUCAUGCAACCGGGCCCCAACAGUGGGAUGGCAGAACAGUACAACCGGGGCCCGCCAGGCCCGAUGGGUAACAUGCAGAUGGGCCAGAGGCAACAGUACCCUUACGGAUACGACAGGAGACAAGAGCCGGGCAUGGGCCCCGACGGCAGCAUGGGACCAGGAGCUCCUCAGCCCAACAUGAUGCCUUCUGGUGCCGACACCGGGAUGUACUCGCCCAGCCGCCCUCCGCCACAGCAACGGCAAGAAUCCUAUACCAAUCAGUACCCUGGCCAAGGAGCGCCCCCUGGUGGCCCAUACCCGAAUCAGCAGCCAGGAAUGUAUCCACAGCAGCAACCGAACUACAAGCGUCCCGUGGAUGGAGGCUACGGUCCUCCUGCCAAGCGCCACGAGGGAGAAAUGUACAAUGUCCCCUACAGUGGUCAGCAGCAGCCAGGGCCCCAGCCCUCGGGGCCCCAGGGCCAACAAGACAUGUAUAACCAGUAUAAUGCAUAUCCUGGAGGGGACCGCAGACCACCAGGCCCACAGAACCAGUUCCCUUUCCCUUUUGGCCGGGACCGGGUGCCGUCGUCCGCAGGCCCGAACUCCCAGUCCCCAAUGCCUCCCCAGAUAAUGUCGAGCCCCAUGCCUUCGGGUCCCGACGGCCCCCAGGGCCCGAUGUGGCAGGGUCGCAAUGAGAUGGGCUACCCCAACUAUCCCAACAGACAGGGACCUCCUGUACCGGGCCAGGUCCCUGGCUACCACGGCAUGAACCGCUCCGAGGAGGUGAUGCCCUCAGACCAACGCAUGAACCACGAGGGCCAGUGGCCCGGCCACGUCAACCAGCGGCCGCCGCCGUUUGGCCCCGGCGGUUCUGGACCUCCCAUGACCAGACCCUUGCCAUCCACCUACCAGACUUCGCAGAAUCACAUUCCUCAGGUGUCGAGCCCGACACCGAUGCCCCGGCCCAUGGAAAGCAGGACGUCGCCCAGCAAGUCCCCCUACAUGCAUCCGGGGAUCAAAGUGCAGAAAGCUGGACCCCCGGUACCCGCCUCCCACAUUGGUCAGGCUCCAGUGCAGCAACCCAUGAUCAGGCGAGAUGUGACCUUCCCGCCUGGCUCCGUGGAGGCCUCCCCGCCCCAUCUGAAGCCCCGCAAACGGCUCACCAUGAAAGAAAUCGGCACUCCGGAGGCUUGGAGAGUGAUGAUGUCACUAAAGUCAGGCUUACUAGCGGAGAGCACCUGGGCCUUGGACACCAUUAACAUUUUACUGUAUGAUGAUAAUAGCAUUACUACUUUUAACUUAUGCCAGCUGCCGGGGUUCCUGGAGCUGGUGGUGGAGUACUUCAGACGCUGCCUCAUCGAGAUCUUUGGCAUCUUAAAGGAGUACGAAGUCGGAGACCCCGGCCAGCGCACCCUCAUCGACCCCGACGCGGCCGAGGAUCCCGACGACGACAUCCUCAUGCCCGAGGGCGAGGGCAUGGACGUGGACGAAGAGGACGAAGAGGACGAAGAGGACGAGGAGGCGGAGGAAACCAAGGCCGCUCCCGACGCCCCGGCACUGGUCCAGGUGAAACUGGAGGAGGAGGGCUCACACAAACACGCGUCUUCAGAGGACGAGGACGAGGAGAAGGAGAAGGAGUCUUCUAUCAAGGCCCCCGAUACCUCGACCUCGGGGUCCUCCCAGGAUCCCAACCUGCACUCGGAGAAGCCCCGGCAGGCCAGCAAGUUUGAUAAGCUGCCCAUCAAGGUGGUGCGGAAGAAGAACCCCUUCCUGGCGAACCGCCCGUCCAAGCUCGGCCAGCGGCAGAGCUUCGACAGCGGCCUGACCCACUGGAGCAUCGGCGGCGGCGACACCACCGAACACAUCCAGACCCACUUCGAGAGCCGGCUGGACCUCAAGCAGCGCCAACGCAAGCCGGCGGCCGCGGAGGGCCGCAAGAAGGCCCGGCCGACCGCGACGGAGAACCCCGAGAAGUCCGAGUCCAACGGGGAGAGUCGACCUCGGCAGCAGCCGCUGCCCGAGUCGUCCGAACCGCAGAAGUCGGAGACUCCUCCUUCUCCUCCUCUUCUUCUUCUUCCGAUCGGUGCGCCGGUCACGGCCACGAUCGGCGACGUCCUCUCCGCCCGCCCGGGCUCGGUCACCGAGGAGGGCGCCGAAGAGCAGAAGGAGAACGGCAAGUACCUGUUCAGCAUCGACCCGGACCUGCAGAGCCGCCGCAACAUCAAGAUCCUGGAGGACGAGCCGCACAGCAAGGACGAGACGCCGCUCAGCACGCUGUCGGACUGGCAGGACUCGCUGGCCCGGCGCUGCAUCUGCGUCUCCAACAUCGUGCGCAGCCUCUCGUUCGUCCCCGACAACGACCUGGAGAUGUCGAAACACCCGGGCCUCCUGCUGCUGCUGGGCCGCCUGGUGCUGCUCCACCACCGGCACCCCGAGCGCAAGCAGCCGCCCGUCACCUACGAGAAGGAGGAGGAGGCCGAGGGCGUGAGCUGCGAGCGCGACGAGUGGUGGUGGGACUGCCUGGAGGCGCUGCGGGAGAACUGCCUGGUCACCCUGGCCAACAUCUCGGGCCAGCUGGACCUCUCCGUCUACCCGGAGAGCAUUUGCCUGCCGCUGCUGGACGGCCUGCUCCACUGGGCCGUGUGCCCCUCGGCGGAGGCCCUGGACCCCUUCCCCACGCUGGGGCCCCACGGCUCGCUGUCGCCCCAGAGACUGGUCCUCGAGACCCUCAGCAAGCUCAGCAUCCAGGACAACAACGUCGACCUCAUCCUGGCCACGCCGCCGUUCAGCCGCCUGGAGAAGCUGUACGGCUCGCUGGUGCGCAUGGUCGGCGAGCGCAAGGUGGCGGUGUGCCGCGAGAUGGCGGUCGUCCUGCUGGCCAACUUGGCGCAGGGCGACAGCCUGGCGGCGCGCUCCAUCGCCGCGCAGAAGGGCAGCGUGGGCAACCUGCUGGGCUUCCUGGAGGACAGCCUCGCCGCCACGCAGUACCAGCAGAGCCAGCAGAGCCAGCAGAGCCAGCAGAGCCAGAGCGCCGUGCUGCAGAUGCAGGGAGGACCUCAGUUCGAGCCCACGAGCGUGGACAUGAUGCGGCGGGCGGCCCGCGCCCUGCACGCCCUCGCCAAGUUGGAGGAGAACCACUCGGAGUUCACGUUGUACGAGUCGCGGCUCCUGGACAUCUCCGUGUCCCCGCUCAUGAACUCUCUGGUGUCCCAGGUGAUCUGCGACGUACUGUUUCUGAUCGGCCAGUCAUGACGGCCGUGGGGAGGUCUCCGCUCUGCCUCUUUCCGUUGCCCCGCCCCCCUUUUCUUUGUGUGCGUGCGUGUGUCUGUCGCGUGUGAGUGAGAAGAGCAAAGCUGACUGUGUCCUUUUUAUUUUUCUUUGUUUUUUAUUUAUGCAAAAUCACCUCGGAUUCCACUGUCUUUUCGGCCACCUCCCCCCUGCUUCUCACUAAAGGAAGGAAUACCAUGAAGUAGCUGUGGAUUUUUAAAAAGAAACGUCUCAAAACGGAAAGAUACUGACACGGAAGAGCGGAUCGGAACCCCGGGCGCCCGGACGGAGCGCGGCGCCCCGCGGCAAAAAAGAGGACUUGUUUUUUAAUGAAAAGAAGAAAAUCUCCAGGGAAAAAAAAAAGAAAUAAGAAACUGUAACCAAAGUUGCUGUCUCGUUUACAGUGAGUUUUGGGGGAUGCAUGCUCGCCUUUCUCCCUCGGGGGAGGGGUCGGCAGGGGGAAGAGGGCACGGACGAAACAAUCCACGGACACCCGGACCGCGGUGUGGUGGACUUGCUGUAACUUUGGAUGCGAUGGACUCCGCCCCACGGGAACCGCGUCGGCGGCUGUGAACGGACACUCGUCAUGGGAGGCCUGUGCAGUAGAUUGUAGGACUUUUUUUCUGUACUGUACACCUUAAAAAACUGUAAACAUACUGUAAUAAUACUGUUUCACACUGAGAUACGCUGGCUUGGCAGCAAACUGUAGUUUUUGAAAACAGUUUUAGUUAAUGUCGAAAGAGAAAACGGCUUUCCCCCCAAAGUAUGGUGAACCUACAACACCCCGACCUCUUCUCUUUGUCCCUUGAUUGUAUGACUUGACCCUUAUAUUAAAAAGUCACCUCUUUAGGACUGGUCCUCAACUCUAGAUGCAGUCCAAGCUGCAGUGUAUAUAUGAUGUUGUACAUUACACCUCUAUCUCUAUCUCUCUCAACUUCUGUUGCUCUUCACCAUUUUUAAUCUUUGACGAUUACAAGUCUCCUCGCCCCCCCGCCCCCUUCCCCCCUGCAUCAAGUACGCCAACGUGAUUACUUGACGCCCACCCUCUCCGUUACCGAGGCGCCUCACCCCGCUCGUGUCGCUCUCCGGGGGCGUUCAGCUGCUGUCCAACGCCACCCCCCCCAACAAACAACUUCAAAGUUUCAAGUUUGUCUCCGGUCCGGGUGUAGAGAAUAUAACAAAGAUCAUGUCUGUGGUUCCAUCUGAGCUCCUUCAUAAAUGACAAACUAAGACCGUGAUGAAGAAAACCAUUUUUUAUUUGUUUUGUUUAUUUUUUUGUUUUUGUUUUUUUCAGUGAUGCGGAUUCUGCAUAUUUGUAUUUCAGAUGAUGUAGCUAAAAACUUGAUGUAAAUUCCUCUUUUUUUCCUUUUUUGGCUUAAUGAAUAUCAUUUAUUCAGUAUGAAAUCUUUAUACUAUAUGUUCCACGUGUUAAGAAUAAAUGUACAUUAAAUCUU